CAGUUGCUGACCUGUUCCUGCGGAUACAAACUUACUUCUGGAGAUUUUCUCACCGACAUGGAGGACAUAAAAAACUUCGCGGAAAACCUAGUUAACAGCAGAAAGUGUUAUGCUAAUGAACCGGAGCACUUCCUGUAUCUGUUGGAACGCUGCCUACAACUACAGCAGGGGGUUUUCUACGAGGACAACGUCAGUUUCGUGUCGGUCCUGGAGCGAGCUCUCGAUGUCUGCAUCGAAAUGGGAGAAUGGCAGAAUGCUCUUGAAUAUGCCGAAAGACUGGGAAGAAUUCUCAGGGUUUAUCUACAGACUGACAUAGGUCUCGGCCUGCUUUAUAAGAAGAAGGGUCUGAUACAACUGGAACUCGGGAGAACCGCAGAGGCAAAAGAAUCUUUGUCGACGGCCAAACGGCUGCUGACAGUCACACACGGAUGGAGACACGAUCUCGUGCAACACAUCAGAAAUGUCCUCACUGACCUUCAAGCUGAUGAGGAGUCAACCCUGAACCACGAAAAUAACUUUUCAGAACUUUGAUAUGACUAGUAUAUGUAGCUGUGUUUCAGGGCAUCCGUAACAUGAUAGUGCUGCCGCCAUUCAUUCAAUGAUUUUUUCGGAUUGCGUCAUUCUACCAAAAUAGUUUCAUCAGGUUGGUAGAAUAUAGGAUAUAGGAGAAUUCUUUUCGCACAACCAGCAGGUACUUACAAUUGCUUACGUUUCGAUGUCUCUCAGACACCUUCGUCGGAGCCGAUGUAGAUGGCGCUUUUGCGGUGAGAAAACAAUCUAAAACGUGGCUACGCUUGUAUCCCCAUCGUCCCGGUUCAUUCUAUAUUAGAAUGAUUCAUGUGUGCGGUUGGAAUCACAUGCUCUUGUUUCUAGCUAUUUGCAUCACGUGUUCAAUAAAAAGCAUUUUGGUGCCUUGACUCCUG